AUGAGCCCAAGUUUCUGGAAAGACGGGGCGAAAAAGGUCUCCCGGUGCUGUAUCAAUGUCAAGCAUAGAUUACAGACGUCACAGAGCCAGGGAUCCCUCGGACCGGACCGGACCGGACCGGACAGACCUUCGCGCCAGCCCGUGCACUCGCCGACAUCCGUAGAAUAUUUCUACCACAACUUCUGCACCUCCACUCGAACUUCCAAAAUUCCCACUAACCAUCACCGCCUUCACCCCCAUAUCCGCAAAAACGGUACGGUCCCCCUAACCCCAUCUAACCCAGCAGCACUUCAAAUGAUGUACUCUUCCAAAAACGAUAACUUCCGAGGGAUUCGAUGA